UUGUUGACCGCUUUGUCUAUGUUUUUUCUUGGAUUGUGCUUAUUCUUUCUUUCCCUCUUUGCCAAGCAAAUAGUAUGAUUUAUUUAUAUAUGUAUCUCCCACAGGUACAGUUGUGUUUUGGAUUGAAGAAUCGUCUCUCUCUAAUCUUAGCUUAAGCCUAUCAUCAUCUUCAUCUUCAGAUAGAUCAGAUUUCUCAAUGGCCAGAGUUAGGUUAUCGCUUCUCAAGUCAAUCAAGUCUUCUGCUUUCCGGAAGAAAGAGCCUUCUUCUUCUUUCAAUCUCCUAAACUCUCGUCAUGCCAGGUCCAUUACUACUACCUGCGGAAACCCUCUUCUCGACGGAGUCUCGUCUCCAAGAGCAAAAGCUUCUUCUUCCCCUGCCUCUUCCAUUGUCUCCAAUUUGGGCCUGCAUCAUAAUGCUAAGCCUUUCAACUACUCCAUCCCUUUCUUGGGCCAUUCCUCCUACGCAAGAGCUUUCAGCUCCAAACCUGACAAUUUCGGAAGCAUCGUUGCCCCUGCUGUUACUAGCAAUGGGAAUGGCGACGCUGACUGGGUUGUCAAGGCCAAAGAUGUCUUGCAGACUAGUGUCGACGCUGUUACCCAAACUGCUAGGAAGACUAAAGAAGCCUCUGAUGAUAUGAUCCCUCAUGUUCACCAAUUCCUCGACUCCAACCCUUACCUUAAAGAGGUCAUUGUUCCCAUCAGUCUCACUAUGACUGCUACUUUGUUCGCUUGGGUAGUCAUGCCUAGUGUUUUGAGGAGGUUUCACACUUACGCUAUGCAAAGCUCCGCUGCUUUGCUUCCCGGAGGCUUCUCUAACGAAGAUGUUCCUUAUGAGAAAAGCUUUUGGGGAGCUUUGGAGGAUCCUGCCCGUUACUUGGUCACCUUCAUUGCUUUUGCACAAAUUGCCGCGAUGGUGGCUCCAACAACAAUAGCAGCUCAGUACUUUUCCCCAACAGUGAAGGGAGCAGUCAUUCUCUCACUUGUGUGGUUCCUAUAUCGCUGGAAGACCAAUGUGAUUACCCGAAUGUUGUCUGCUAAGAGUUUUGGUGGCCUGGAUAGGGAGAAGGUUUUGACUUUGGACAAAGUAUCAUCAGUUGGUCUUUUUGCAAUUGGUUUGAUGGCUUCCGCUGAAGCCUGUGGGGUAGCUGUUCAAUCUAUCUUGACAGUUGGUGGAGUUGGAGGAGUUGCCACCGCAUUUGCUGCCAGAGAUAUCCUUGGUAAUGUGCUGAGUGGUCUGUCCAUGCAAUUCUCUCGACCUUUCUCUAUGGGAGAUACAAUUAAAGCUGGAUCUGUAGAAGGUCAAGUUGUUGAGAUGGGACUUACGACAACGUCUUUGUUGAAUGCCGAAAAAUUUCCGGUUUUGGUACCCAAUUCACUGUUUUCCAGUCAGGUGAUUGUGAAUAAGUCACGUGCUCAGUGGCGAGCUAUAGCAUCCAAGAUCCCACUGCAGAUCGAUGACUUGGAUAAGAUUCCUGAAAUAUCAAAUGAAAUCAAGGAAAUGUUAAAAGCAAAUACAAAAGUUUUCCUAGGGAAAGAAGCUCCCCACUGUUACUUAUCGCGAGUGGAAAAAUCUUUCGCUGAACUUUCCAUUGGGUGCAAUCUCAAACAAAUGGGGAAAGAGGAGCUAUACACAACACAACAAGAAGUCCUUAUUGAGUCGGUGAAGAUCAUACAGAAGCACGGUGUAUCGCUGGGAACCACCUGGGAUAAGGAAUUCUGAUCUGGAAGCCAUUUUGCAAGAUGAAUCAAGAAAUAUGUCUUUUUUUUUGUUUUGUUUUUUUUGGAAAUUACUGAAAAUCGUGAUGACUUUUUUUAGGUUUCAAGAGAAAACAUUCGAUGUUGACUUUGCUUUUCUUUUGUUUCUUUUCCUACUAGUUUUUGUUUAUAUGAUUAAAGUUCAAUGGGGUAGGAGGAAGAAGUAGAGGGUUCCAACAAUUUCUAUGUACAGCAAAAACACAGUUCAAUAUGCUCUUAAGCAGCAGGAGAUUGCUCUUUUGAUGUG